ACGAGAUAUUACCAAAUGAAUAAAUAAUUAUUUAAUGAGUCCUACGCAUUCGUUGUUGGUAGAACACCUGUAAUUAUUGGGGUACAAUUGCGGUAUAACUUAUACCAGCAACGGAAGUCCCCUUGCGUGCUUUUUAUUAUCUAAAGCGUUAAAUAUUGCGUUUCCUAGUGAAUAAUACACAUUAUAACGUCAAUAUGUAUACGUCGACUAUAGUACUGCGUCUGCAGUCGCCAUAUAAAGGUGGCUUGUUAAUUAAACGUACUUUUGCUACGACUCCACCAAUACACCAUCUACCGCCACCUCCACCUAGGGAGUACAAUGAGGAUGGCACACCUAAGAGAUAUCGCAACUCGAAGCCUAUGUACAAGCACAAAUACAAUUGGGAAUAUUGGACAUUGCGUCCUGCUGGCAUGUUCCACACGGUAUUAGUUGGGGAAUUCGGUAGGCAACACAGACCAUGGACUGCUUUUCUGUUGCAGUACCCAUCGCAUGUGGUUGCCAUACCCUUCAUACUUACUUUGUUUACCAUGGCUUUCAUUUUCCAAAACUCGUUCCUUAUUGGUAUUAAGCCUAAGCGUUAUACCAUUGAGUGGAUAGAAGCACAGAAGGAAAGGGAGCUUGCUGAGAACACCAAUCCCAUCACCAGAUACCUUGACAGAAGGCGCCGUGAACGUGGAUCAACUUGGAUGCUUCGCCAGUACAUGCCAAGCCACCCCUACUUUGUUUUCCUUGGUGACUACUACAAGGACCCGGACGCCGAAUAGGUGACACCAACUCAGUUUAAUGAACUUGUACCUUAAAUUUUGUACUACCACCUUU